AGCUCGCGCUCAUAGAUCCUAAUUAAGAAUCAGAUGCUUCUUGUUACAGAAACGUCACAUGAUUGUUGUAUUAAAUUAGAGCUCGUGCGAGUGACUGGGAGAUGUGAGCGAGAGCAUUAGAGAGUUGAGGGGUCUGGGACGAGCAGCUGGACUGGCAUUUUGGGGGCGAUACAAAAAGAAAAAAUAAACACUCUGAUAAAAUAUAUUUGUAUUUUCACCCAAAAAGUCAACAUGAUGCAUUUGGAAAUGUUACUUGUGCUGGUCUGGGCAUUCUUCGUCCCUAUAACGAACAGCAAAAAAAGUAACUUAUGGUGACAUGUUCCCUCAUAAACACAAGCUCCCUUUUCCAUUCCCAAUCCCUGGAUGGGAACCGGACACGAACCCUUGGGAUGAAUAUCUGUAUCCCCCCUUCAAACAACAGCUGAAUCGCAGACAUGACAAACCACCGAAGGUGCGCCUCACGAGCGACAGCCCUGCAAUGAACGGCUCAUGCAUCUCAUUCACUGCAGCUCUGGAGUUCCCACCAUGCCAGAAGGAGGACAGCACUGGCAACCUGGUGUAUGACGAGCACUGUGACGACGGUAUGAUGGAGGCCUCAGCUAACGGGCAGGUGCGUUCAGGGUAUGUGUUUAACUGGACAUCUUGGUUGGACGACUAUGGCUUUGGAAAGUGUACAGAUCUAAAGAGGUGCAAUGUUUUUCCUGAUGGAAAGCCUUUUCCUCAGACCAAUGACUGGAGACGUAGAGGUUAUGUCUAUGUGUGGCACACCAUGGGCCAGUAUUUUGAGACAUGUGAUGGCUCCUCCUCCCAUCUGACCCUGAACACCACUAACAUGACAUUUGGAGCUGGUGUGAUGGAAGUGAUGAUUUAUCGUAAACGUGAGCGCAGGAAGUACAGCCCACUCUCUACGGACAGUACUGUGUUCUUCGUAACAGAUAAGAUUCCACUCUCUGUGAACAUUUCCCAGAAAGCAGCAGCCAGCAUAACUGACAAAAACGUCUUUGUCAGAGGUUCUGAUGUGAUUUUCAACGUCCAGAUCCACGACCCAAGUAACUAUCUGAAGACAGCUGAUGCAGUGGACUUCAUUUGGGACUUUCGGGAUGGGAACCAGUUGGUCACCCACAGCAAUGUAGCAACCCAUGCGUACAACACGCUUGGAAAUGUUACAGUCAAGCUCCUAGUGGAGGCAUCAUUCCGUGUACCCUGCCCACCACCGACUCCAACACCAAUGCACUUUACACAGGCUCAUACCACAGCAAUGCCUACACUACCUCCUGGCACUCAUGCAUUCACUAGCAAAAUGGAGACCACCAAGGCUCCUAUCAUCACCAAUCCUUCACCAACUACCACCCCUCGAGUUCCGACAAGUGCUGUCCCAACAACUGAACCAUUCCAAACCAAUUCAGAGGUGACAUCUAUUACGGCAACUGCUGUACCUGAGGCCAGUUCGACCUAUAAGCAGCCCACCUCACCGCCAAUGAUCAAACACACACACUUCAAGGAGUCAGACUGUUUCCGCCACAUGUAUGGCUCAUUUGAAGGCGAGAUCAUCAUCGUUGAACCUCCUCCAGGUUUUCAGAAUCUGCCAGAUAAUCAGAUUUUAAAGGUGUCAGCUGACAGAGUUUCCAACACAUCUGUAAACUUCAUGGUGACAUGCUCAGGCAGUGUUCCCUCAGUGGCCUGCACCAUAGUGGCCAACUCCGCCUGUCAGGAGGUCAAGAAUAUUGUGUGUGAGGAUGUGGCCCCUUACAGCGAGGGUUGCAAGAUCAGUUUGACGCGCAUUUUCCAAACGCCGGGCACUUACUGUGUCAACAUCACGCUGGGUGUGCCUGGAGGCUUGGCUCUUGCCACCACCACCUCAGUCACGAUUGGCAACAGCCUUGACAAGAACUCUCCUAAAUCCUCCCAUGUUGCUGAGGUGGUUCUGUCUUCCAGCGCUGUGCUUAUUUCCAUCUUUGCGUUCAUUGCCAUCAUGGUUUACAAGCGAUAUAAGGUGUAUCGCCCAGUGAGACGCUCUAUGCUGGAUGAUGCUGAGAGAAAUGAUGGUAGUUGGAGUUUAAGCAGACUAAGAGCAGCUCUGUUCUCUGCCGACGAAGAGAGAAGUCGUUUAUUGACAGAAAGACCACUAUAGACUGAUCCGAGCAUCCAGUUUUUGCAGUUGCUAUUUAUUCGAUAAAUCACUUUAGCUGUAAUCUAUAAGAAUAACAAAAGUUAUCUCGUGGACAUGUGUUUUCAAGCAAUAUUAGAUUACUCUGGAAUCUUAUUCAGUUUAGCCAGAAUAAGUAAUCAAGGCAUUUGAGUUAUAGCACAAGCAAGCUUUAAAGAUUUUUAAUGGAAGAUCUGGUGAAUAAGCUCAGAUAUGCCAGAUCUACAAGGUUUUACAAAUCUAAAGUAAUCAUCUAAAAUGACUAAAACUACUACUAACGGACCUAUCAUAGAAAAUGUGUCCAAUGCACAAAUAAUCAAAAUUUGGUUAUCACUAAAAUAUGAACCAGGGACUUAAAGCUGAAAAUUACCGCUUUUAGUUAUUUGAGUGACGCUUUGUGGCAUUUGAUUUGACAUGUUCAUACUGAAUGUUCCUUAAUGUGCAGACAGGAUGAGAAAGUUGAGUGAGAAAGGUUUUGUAAUGUUUUGAAUAUAUUUAAGAGAUUAAUUUUGAUUGUUUGGGGACUGAAUUUGGUGCACUUUUUUUGGAGAAAGACCAAGGUCUUUCAGUUGAUGGUAGUUAGGCAGUUAUUUGAUAGGAAAUACUAACAAUCUCUUCUUAUAAAGCUUGAAUUAAAGAAUUUGGGAAAUUUGUAUUAUUGAUCAUAUACAUGCAUGUAUGCUUGGGUAUUUAAAUUAAUUUGACAGCACUUCUGGAAAAUAUAAUUAGCCAAUCAUGAUUAUAGAAAUGAACCAUUCCUGUAAGUGCUGUAUAUAUUCAAAUAAAUUUUCUAAACCACUA